CCUCUGUUCGUACAGUAAUGCCCUCGCUCCUUUACCCGCCACAUUAGCUUCAGUCCCCCUGACCAAAUAAAAGCUCGGGGAGGCUCGUCUCUCAGUGGUUAACAACAUGAGGAGCUAUUUGACGUUAAAAAAGAUUUCCUCGCUGUGGUCGAGGAGGGACGACACGCAGAAUGAGUCCACUCCCCUCAUACCGAAGCCAAAGGCAGGCUCUGCUAAAGAGGACGCCGAGGAGCUUGGCUAUGCCACCACUGAAUUCAAGCAACCGGGGACAAACGAUGGACAGGCCCACGACAGCCCUGUCUUCUCAAGGCUCCAACCCUUCUACAAUUAUUCUUUGGUGGACUAUUUCCUAAAAUAUUUCCUGUUCCUAUGCAACCUGGUGUUCACAGUUCUGGGCCUGCUGGUCCUUGGUGUAGGGAUGUGGGGCCUCAUCAGCAAAGAGUCAUUUGCUCAGGAGAAGAUCGGCAGCAUCGGCAGCGACCCAAUGCUGCUUCUUCUGACCCUGGGCUUCGUGCUGACUGCGCUCUGCCUGUCGGGCUGUGUCGGCGCCUUGAGGGAGAACGGCGUCUUACUGAAGCUGUUCUCCGCCGCGGUGCUGGUGCUCAUCGCCGCCCAGGUGCUGGUCGCCAUUGUCCUCUACAGUCUGCAAGAUCAGAUUGGGGGCUACCUGCGGUCAGGAAUGUUAGCUGCCAUGGUGCACUACCAGGAUGAUCUGGAUCUGAGGUUCAUCGCGGACGAGAUUCAAUCAAACCUGCAGUGCUGUGGGGCAGACAACUACCGUGACUGGGAAGUCAACAUAUAUUAUAACUGCUCAGCUCCAGGGGUGCUGGCCUGCGGUGUCCCCGCAACAUGCUGCGUGGACCCUCUGGAGAACGGCACCGUUUGGAACUCUCAGUGUGGUGUGGGAGCCCAGCUGCUCGAUGAGUUUACCGCUCAGACGGUGAUCUUCCUGGGCGGUUGUCUGGGGGGAAUCUCUCGCUGGAUCGAGCAGCACAACGGCCUGAUAGGGACGGUUGGCAUCGUCGUACUGGGCGUCCAGAUUCUGACUCUGUUUGUCACUACACGUCUGCUGGAAAGCAUCCAGAGGCAUAAAAUGUAUAUAUGACACGACGUGACAACUUCACAGUCAUCGAAUGACUGUUGACUGCUUUUGGAUCCUGGCCUUGUUUGUCGAAUGACCAAAGUCAAAACUAAAUCUUCAUUCAACUUGAUUGCAAAUAGUCAUAUUACUGGACCUGUACUUCACCAAAGGAAAAGAAAAACAAGAAAAAGAAACACUAACUUUGAGGAAGCAAAAACCAACUUCAAAUGUCAACGUGCAAAAUGCAUUGUUUUGCCUGACAAAAAUUCAUGUUUUUAUUCAGGAAGAAAUGCCAAAUCACAAGUAGACACAUUUAACAUUCAGACAAGGCUUUGCCAAACUCUAAAUUCACCGAAUGAGCCUGAACACGUUUCCUGGACAAGUUGUGCUUUUACCCCGAAAAAGAAGGGUCAUCAAAUGAGGAUUCAAAGAAAAGCACAAUUUCCAAAAGGCUGAUUUGAAAAUGAUGAGUAACAGAAGCUCAUUUAUUUGUAAGCCUUAAAUCUCCUCAUGUGCUCUUGGUGAAAAUGAAAUCUUAAAAAUUAAGUCUUAAAGAAAUAAUGUAAUAUAUUUGGAGAAAUCGCUCAUUAGAGUUGGAUGAAAAGAUCAAUUCUAGUUGUCAUAGAUGGAGGGCUGGUUCUUUUGUGGAACUGUGAUAACAAUAGUCCAGCAACUGUAAAACCACAACUUGUCAUUUGUAUAGACCUUGGUUAUUGUACAAAAUAUAAUGUGUUGAUUGAUGAGCUGCUUUAGAGGGUUAUUUUUGCUCUGGUGCUUUUUACUCUUCUUUUUAAAAGGGGACAAAUAAAGCGUUAUAAUCGAUACCGUGUAAUGUCAGCAUGGUUUCAUACAACACUGUUGAAUCUGGCAAAGAGGAAAAGAAAGACGAACAAGAAAAUGUAUAAUAUAAAUUUUAAAAAAGCUUUAUUCUGCAUUUGAUUACACACAAUAUGACAAAUAUUAUGCCGAAAACUGUGUUAUUCAAAGCCGGGCCUCCGGUUACAGCUCCCACUGCAACCUCGAUGGCAUUUCAGACACAUGCAGCAUCAGUGGGUUAUGAAUGUUACAAUGGCAGCUUGAGAGUCUUAUGAAAAAUAGAUUUGAUGUAUAAAACAACUGAGGCAAAGAACAGCAUCCACAAUAUUCAUAUAU